CUCACAGUGAUGGCGGUCCGGUGAUCGUCGAGCAGUGAAUCAUCUUGGCGCGAUAUUUACUCUUUGAAAGGUCAGCCCGGAAGAUUUGGCAGGCGACGAUGUUGCGGUAAAUCAAGUGGAGUUUCCUGUCUCACCGCAGGAAUGCCGGGUGGAGACUAUGGGGAGCUCGGGGGCAGCCUCCCCGCCAUCGCCUCCUUGAACGCUUCCUACUCUACAUCGCUGUCCCUCCCUUCCCCAUACCUGUUCGUUCCGCCCGCAGAGCGCAAAGCCAUCUCUGACGUCCGCCGCACCUUCUGUCUCUUUGUGACGUUCGAUCUGCUCUUCAUCUCCCUUCUGUGGAUCAUUGAGCUGAAUAUCUCCAGCUCAAUCAAGGACAGCUUAGAAACUGAGGUCAUCCAUUAUGACUACAGGUCUUCCUUCUUUGACAUCUUUCUCCUUGCGGUGUUUCGAUUCUUGUGUCUACAACUGGGUUACGCUGCUUUUCGGCUGAAGCAUUGGUGGGUUAUUGCGGUUACCACCCUAGUGACCAGCGUCUUCCUCGUUGCUAAAGUCAUCAUAUCUAAUCUCCUGUCCCAGAAUGCCUUUGGCUACGUCUUACCCAUCACUUCAUUUGUUGUUGCCUGGCUGGAGACCUGGUUCCUCGACUUCAAGGUGCUUCCUCAGGAGGCCGAUGAUGAGAGAGCCUACCUAGCGGCGGUGAACUCAGCCUGCGAACGAGCCCCCAUGAUCUACCCGCGUGCUGUUUCAGACGGACAGUUCUACUCUCCACCUGAAUCUGUCGCAGGCUCUGAGGAGGAUCUGGAUGAGGAGGGUCUUGGACGCAGAGCUGUCACUGCACAGGAGAAGGAGUAUGUCAGACAGGGUCGUGAGGCCAUGUCAGUGGUCGAGCAGAUCCUAGCUCAGGAGGACAACUGGAAAUUUGAAAAAAACAAUGACAUGGGAGACUCUGUGUACACUCUGGAGAUUCCCUUCCAUGGAAAGACUUUCAUUCUUAAGGCCUUUAUGCAGUGUCCAGCUGAGCUUGUGUAUCAGGAGGUGAUUCUGCAACCAGAGAAGAUGGUCCAGUGGAAUAAAACUGUUUCCGCCUGCCAGAUCCUUCAGAGGGUUGAUGACAACACUAUGGUCUCAUAUGAUGUCUCCUCAGGAGCAGCAGGAGGAGUUGUGUCAGCGAGGGACUUUGUUAAUGUUCGGCGGGUGGAACGCAAACGAGACUGCUACCUGUCUGCUGGCAUGGCAACCGACCACGAAGCCAAACCUCCAAGCGGUCGCUACGUCAGGGGAGAGAACGGUCCAGGAGGAUUUGUGGUCCUCAAAUCAAGCAGUAACCCGUCCGUCUGCACCUUUAUUUGGGUGCUCAACACAGACUUAAAGGGCCGACUGCCCCGCUACCUCAUCCACCAGAGUCUGGCCGCCACCAUGUUUGAAUUCAUGUCCCAUUUACGCCAACGGAUCGCUGAGCUGCGGCCCUCUCUUCGCUCACACCACCACACUUAAAACAGGAGAGGAGAAACUGUGCACAGCUGGCUGAGAGGUGUCACUACUGAUUUCUUUGAGUGAACCUCGAAAAUGGCCGUAGCAGUACCCUUGUGAUGCAUCGAAGCUGAAGGAAUGAGCUACCCUAACUGAGAAGACUGCACUUCUAAGCACAGGACACAUGAGACCACACAUUUGCCACAUUUCACUCACAGGAGAAGAGGAGGAGUAAUUCGAAAUCGAAGACGAUUUUCCUCCUCAUCCUUACACUUCAAUGUUGUUUUUGAAGCGUGAUCACAUCCAGAUUUUUAUGUGGACCUGUAAUUGUCAGAGUGUCCCCAGUGAGUGUCCCUCACUGUGCAAUGAGAACUGUGUUUCAUGAACCUGACGAGUCAUCUUGUGGCAAGGUGGACAUUACUGAAACAAGAGAACCUGGAUGAGGAUUUAAGUGAUUCUCACUGUGUGGGCAUCUCUCUGUCUUGUUACAAAUUACCUAAUGCAAUGGCAUGAAGCAGCUGUCUCUUUGAGCCUUAUCUUACUGCACACAUUGUUAGCCUUUGAUUUGCUGCUUUUUCUUUUUGUUUGUUCAGUGUGUAUGUUUUCACUGCACCUUAAAUCUAUUUCUCUGGUGCAUCCGCCCUAAAACAAAUAGACAACACUUAAUUUAAAUGGGUAAAAGUUAUUUCCACACAGUUUAUUCUCCUUUACUACACUGUGAUCGAUGGAGAAAGAAGUCAGUCGCUGUCUGAUCAACACAAGAGGGAGAUACCACUGAUCCACAUAGUGAAAGUUCCUUGGUUUUACACAAUCCCCAAUCCCAGGGUGCAAACAUAUAUCCGCUAACAUUUAAUCAUUACUAUUACUGUAAGUUUUUAAUACUGCUUUUGUUUUGCACUUUGGGAUUGGCCAGGAGCUCAGAUCAGGACGCUGAUGUAUUAUCAAGCUCAGCUCAGACAAAUGAUGAUAAUGUUUAUAAUUUAGGAUGCUGUAUACCUCCUAAAGUUAUUCUUGGUGCCAAUAACCUCAAGUGGCCUUGUGGUAAAAUAGCUGAACUCAUUAUUUGUCAUCAUUAUUACUGUACUGUAACUAUGAUUUCCAUUGAAUUUAGUACUGGCGUCCCCUCAGGCACCAAGAUGUGGCAAUGAUCAAGGUUGAUCAUUUCUUGCAUCAUAGAGCAUUAUAUUGUUUUUAAUUAUUUAGAAAUGUUUCUUCUAGCUUGUUGAGUUUUAGUUUUGUUUUCAAAGACUGCGCCUCAGAAAAGACAUGUUAUCAUUGCAUAUGUAAGGAAAACUGGCAACAGACCAUGUUCUUCCUUCUGCCUUUCAAUUUUGAUAAAUAAAGCAACAACAACUUUGUUGGGUUGUUCACACUUUGAA